AUGAAUAGCCAUAAUGAUCGUGAGCAUAUAAUUGACAUAACAAGGAAUGACAAUGCUUCAUUGGGCUCAUCUCAUAACCGUCAGCCUUCCGAAGUGGGUGGUGAUGGCUAUGGUCAUCGGCGCAGGAGCCCACUGAAUUCUGGGCUAUGGAUUUCUGUGGAGUCACUUGUCACCGCUGGUCAGAUCAUAGCAUCUAUAGCUGUUUUGUCAAUAUCAACAAAUGAAAACCCGCAAGCUCUUCUGAAAGCAAUCCUCAUGAAUCUUACAUCUUAUACAGCUACCUCUGAUGGUCAAUCUUCAGAUGAGGAGAAUUUUCACUCAAUAGAAGCAGCCAACAGGAACAGUCAGAUUUCAGGAUCCUUAAGUGCACGGAAAACUUGGGCUCCAACUCGUUCAAUUCAAGUUGGCACCAAGCUUUAUGGAAAACAGUUUUAUACCGAGGAGGGCUCAAACACCUCAAAGCUGGGAAUGUCAAUGAACAUGACAACUCAAGAGCAGGUGAAGGUGGGGUCUUGGGCUCUUGGCUGCAGGGACAGGAAAGGAGCUCAUGAUAUCAAGAUGCGAAAGGGUAAAGUACAACAUGCUCUAGAGAUCAGCUCUACAAGAAAGCGUUCUAUGCUGAUCAGAUGUAAAACCAGCACACUGAAAAAACUUCAGAGUGCUCCCUGA